UCCCGGGUCUCUUGAGGAGCCCAGGAAGGAGGCUCCGCUGGUGUUGCCCUGUCGCGGGCUGCCGGGACCGAGCUGCGGCAGUCGUUAGCGGGUCAUGUCGGCCGCCCAGGGCUGGGACAGGAACCGCCGGAGGGGAGGAGGUGCCGCCGGCGGUGGCGGCGGAGGUAGCGGGGCCGGCGGGGGCAGUGGGGGCAGCGGGGGUCGGGGGACUGGCCAGCUCAACCGCUUCGUGCAACUCUCCGGGCGGCCGCACCUGCCAGGUAAGAAGAAAAUACGAUGGGACCCAGUUAGGAGGCGCUUCAUUCAGUCCUGUCCCAUCAUAAGGAUCCCUAACAGGUUUUUGAGAGGCCACAGACCUCCACCAGCACGAAGUGGACAUCGUUGUGUGGCAGAUAAUACCAAUCUAUAUGUGUUUGGAGGUUAUAACCCAGAUUAUGAUGAAUCGGGAGGGCCAGAUAAUGAAGACUAUCCUCUCUUCAGGGAGCUUUGGAGGUAUCAUUUUGCCACAGGAGUAUGGCACCAGAUGGGCACAGAUGGCUACAUGCCCCGGGAGUUGGCAUCUAUGUCACUUGUGCUUCAUGGAAACAACUUGUUAGUGUUUGGAGGUACAGGCAUCCCAUUUGGUGAGAGCAAUGGCAAUGAUGUCCAUGUCUGUAACGUGAAGUACAAGCGAUGGGCUCUACUCAGCUGUCGGGGAAAGAAACCCAGUCGUAUAUAUGGACAGGCCAUGGCCAUCAUCAACGGCUCCCUUUAUGUGUUUGGAGGAACAACCGGCUAUAUUUACAGCACAGACCUACACAAAUUAGAUCUCAAUACCAGAGAGUGGACUCAACUGAAACCAAACAACCUAUCCUGUGAUCUACCAGAAGAGAGAUACAGACAUGAAAUUGCACAUGAUGGGCAGAGGAUUUACAUCUUGGGAGGUGGUACUUCCUGGACAGCUUACUCCUUAAACAAGAUCCAUGCAUACAACCUUGAAACAAAUGCAUGGGAGGAAAUUGCAACAAAACCCCAUGAAAAAAUAGGUUUUCCUGCAGCUCGAAGGUGUCACAGUUGUGUUCAAAUAAAAAAUGAUGUGUUUAUUUGUGGGGGCUAUAAUGGAGAAGUGAUCUUGGGAGAUAUCUGGAAGUUGAAUCUGCAGACUUUUCAAUGGGUUAAGCUCCCAGCUACUAUGCCAGAGCCAGUUUAUUUUCACUGUGCAGCUGUUACACCAGCUGGUUGCAUGUACAUUCAUGGAGGAGUGGUGAACAUCCAUGAAAACAAACGGACUGGGUCGUUGUUUAAGAUCUGGCUGGUGGUACCGAGCCUGCUGGAACUGGCAUGGGAGAAGCUGCUCGCGGCCUUCCCUAACCUAGCCAACCUCUCCCGAACACAGCUUCUGCACCUUGGACUUACACAGGGACUCAUCGAGCGCUUGAAAUGAGGAUUUCUGGACUGUUCAUUGAUACUGGAAAUGUUAAUUUAAAGAGACUCCUUUAUUUAUGGGCAGUGUAGAAUGUGCUACAAAGAGGAUUGGUUACCCUGAUCAAGGCCUUAUUCAGAAAAUACAUCAGAUGCCUUUCUGUAAAUUGGUUUUUAAGUUUAUGGACAUCUCACUUUCCCAUUACUUCCUUCUUUGCUUCUCUCCCUCCUGCCUCAGUACACACACAUACUCCCUCUUCUUUUGAUACAGGUGAGGGAAAGUCUAAAAGUACCUUAAUAAUGUUUAUCAAGAUAAGAUGAAGUUGUUUUAAAAGAAUUCUGAACAUAUGACCAUGUCAGCCAAUGUGCUAAAAUUUAAACUGUAUCAUCAACAAAUAAAAAGUUAAGAAAAUCCAGCAACAACAAGUUAGGAGGAUAGAAUGAGAAGGCUAACUUUGAGAAUCUUGCAGGUUAUACUUAAACGUAGGUGUUUAACUUAGUAUUUUCAAGAUGUGUCUAGUUGAGUAGCUGGAUCUACUGGCAGCAGUGGUUGACACCUUGCUGCAUAGAUACCCAGACCUAUCCUUUGUCUUUGGAGGAAAGUUAAGCAACUCAGCAACUCUUGGUUAGUGACUUCUUUUCUCAUCCUUAUGCCAGCAAUGGUUAGAGUUGGCUUGUCAGAAGACUACUGUGUGUGUUGUGGUCGUGCUCUUUGCUGUUGCUCUUACAAAUAAUAGCACUGAGAAUGUUUCAAAUUAAGAAACUUAUAGUAGUCAUAGUUUUUCAUUCUGGGCAGUUUUGAAAUUCUCCUGUGCUUAUUAAUGGUUUUAAGUAUCACUUUGACUUUUUCAUGAGAAAUUGCAGACCUUAAAUAUGCAGUGUAAAUGCUGUGGGACAUAAACACAUGCUGGUGGGCGAGGCCAGAGAAGAGAAGGGCAGAAAGAGCCUGCCCUUCUGGGUUUGUUCGCUUGGCUUCUGGCUGGGCUGUGAGCUUUGCCUUCCAUAUUGGCCAUUUCUUUUUCAGAAUCUGCUUCUUUUCUAAUCUCUGGACUGUGUGUCUGCCAUUUUCUCAGGCAGUUGGUCCAUGAUUUUUUCUUUAGUUUGUUGCCUCCUUUUCUGUGUGCUUUAAUGUGCAUGGUGCUGUAAUUGUCUAGUAAUUGGAUAAAAGGUCCUGGGGUCAUCCUCCUUGAAGAACCAGUAUCAUUUAAAAACUAGCAUGAGGAAGGAAUGAAACUGAGUAUCAUUUGCUUUUUUGAUGUGAGAUUUUAGUUCCGGUUUGUUUUGUUGUUAAUUAUAGAAAGAAAAAUGACCUAAAUUGUCACUUGUUUAGCCAUCAGGCUGCUAGAGAUGUUGAGCAGGUCACUCGCCAUGAGCAUCUGGAAGUCUAUAGGUGUCCUCGAGGUGCUGAAUGCAGGCAGGAGUGCUCCUUGUGGAUUUUCUUGCAGGUCACCUCUCACCAGGAGACAUGGGAAAUUUGGGACACAUUUUUUCCUUUAAGUGCCUCUUUUUCACCUAGCUUUUAAAAUUAUUCUUUUUCCUUCAUCUUAGAAGGGAUCUCUUUAGCUUAUGUAUGGAUUUAAAAUCACCUUUGAGUUAUGGCUAAAAAGUUACCAUCCAUUGUACAGUUCUGCAGAAGAGAAAACCGUGGCCCCUAGACGUGGACUCCUAACUUCUUGGCCUUAUUAUAAUGUCCCAUCCAUGUCGUGUUGAGUUCAUGGAAACUGUAUUUUGCAGAGUCUUGUAAUAACCACUCAUCUGUGAAUUUGGGUCCUUUUUGGAGAGUGAGAAGCAGGAAAAGGGGGAAACUCCUCUAGGGGUUCCCAUGCCCCUCUCCCAUCUCGCCAUUACCAGUCUCUGUGGCAUUUAACCUCUUACCGCUCACUGCUAGGCUUGCUCCUCUGGGGAGCUCUCUCCAGAGCAAGUCAGUCUGAGUAGCUCCAUUAGUUCAAAACAGAGCUUUGCUGCAUGACUCCAGCCUGGUCUUUGGAUAUUUGGUGAAAAUAUACCCCAGAUUAAACAAAUCAUGCUGUCUAGGAUGCUGAAAGGAUUUUUGUUAUGGAUUUAUAUAGGGAACAAAUAUUGAGUGCUCAGCCUCUAUGCUUAGACUUCCACGGUCCUUAGGAAAUAAGCGGGUCUCUAGCUCUGCUACAUCAGAAAGCUGGAGAAAGAUGCGGUCUGGUUCAAUGCACACUUGCUAGCAUCCUUUCUAAGCCUUUGGAGGGUAGUCUUCUUUGAGGUAGACUUUAGAGACCUGACAUCAAAGACCUGUGUGUGAAAUUUUAACAUAAGUACAUAUCCUUGAUCUAAAGUGACUUCUUUUAAUAUAACACUAGUGAAAAUGAUGUAGUGUGACUGGCCCUGAGUGCUAUAGAACCACACAUAUGCACAUGUUCUGGAUGCCAAAUGAGACUGUGGGUAUGACGACUUAAAUGUAGAAGACUGGGAUUUAAUAUAAGGGGUCACCAGGCAUUUUAGUAUAUCUAUAACCAGCACUCUGAAUUCCUGAUACUGUUACUUGAUUUAGGAAAGUUUAUGCCUGCUGCUUCUCUUCCUCUCUGAGGUACUCCCAGCCAUCUUACUACAGUCCUGUAAAUUGAAGUGCAAUAUAUAGAAACACAUAUGGAUAUAUACAGAUUAUAUAUAGGGUGUGACUAUAAAGCAAGUAGACUACUUUUUUGUAUCUUUCUUGGGGAAGCCACCUCAUUACUUUAGAGUCAAAUUAUGCCAAAAAUUUCAGAUGUGACUGGCUGGCUUAAGCCCACUCUUGGUAAAGCUGGAUUUUCAAAUCCAUGAUUUCUUACUGCAAUUCUUAGAGACUUAUUGUUCCUUGAAUAUGUUAGAGUCGAGAUUUUUUUUUUCCCCAGUUGUCUUUGUACUAUCUCGUGUUCGCAUGUCUUUCUACAUUUCUUUGCCCAGGAACAAAGAAGUCCAUCUGUAAGUAAUUUCUUAAAUAGAAAAUUAAAACCUAGUAUUUAAUACUAUCAGUUCUCCCAUGUAUAUACUAAUUUAUCUGGGAAUGUAAUACUUUAUUAAGAGAAGAAAGUGAUGCUUUCUUCACUUAAUAAAGUGUUUUCCACAUCCUGGAAAAAAUAUAAAGCGAUACAGAAUAGAUUGAAAUUUUCAGCACCACGCUCAGCCAGUGAGCAAACCGGCCAUCCCUAUAUAGGAUCGGAACCCGUGGCCUUGGUGUUAUCAGCACCGCACUCUACCGAGUGAGCCACGGGCCGGCGUAGAAUAGAUUGAAAUUUUAACUGUUCUUCAGGGGCCUAACAACACCCUUUCCAUUGGCAGAAUUUUCUUUUUUCAGGGCCCUAAUGAUGUAAUGUAAAAAUGUGCUCUAAACCAUUCAGGCCCCUUACAUAGCUAGAUUUAAAAGUAUAACAAUAAACAAAUGAACAUUUUAAAGCAAAAGGUAUGUUAACAGUGAACUUUGGUUAUCCAGAGUAGCAAGAAUAAAGCACAGAUCAUUGAAAUCCAUAGAUAAUCAGUGUUUCAACUUUUCUAUCAAACAGUUGAUUCAUUUACAUUUCUCUUUCCUCCUUACCCCUUUCCCACAAGCACUCCUUUUCAAAGGAAUGUGGCUAAUGAGAAGUUAGAAAAGAAGGAAUCAUGGAGGGGCUAGGAACUGGUGAACAUAUAAGCAGCCCAGCUAGCUGUAAUUGGUCAAUCUGACAACCGUUGAACACUAAAAUUAGGAGCCAUGGGUGGUAAUCUUGAGUUAAGAUGUCACCCUUCAGCAUAAUCUCCUACUCUGAGUUCUAGGUUGUCUCUCCUAUAACCACCAAAGAACUCUUAGCACCUGUGGGAAGAAAAAGCUGUGUAUGAUGCAGGGGAAAAUCUUAUUAUCUGAACAGAUUUCUUUGGUUCUUGACAGAUACUUGCUUUUCCUCUAAUCAUACAGGAGUCUUGUUUCUUCCUUUGGAGAUAGCUUUUCCAGUCAUAUAGUUUUGCAUAUAGAAAAAAUCAAAUUACCCACUAAGACUAUCUUGGUCUUAAUAUUCUGUAAAACCAGUUUGUUUUUAUGUGGUCUUACAGAUGUUUAGAAAGUGGCACAGGUUACUGAAUUGUCUACCUGGUAGCGUUCUGAUGUAGCACAAAAUACCAUUUUCUCUUUUUUUUUUUUUUCAUUUUUCUGCCAUUGGGCUCCAGGGUGGAUGAGGGUUUAUGGUCCUAUAAUCAUAAGCACCAAAAACUGGUGACUGUUAGCUUAAAUUGAUUUGAUUGCCCAGAUACCUUGGAACUCUAGGAGCACUGGCAGGGCCUGAGGUAGGCUUGGUAGAGUUCUGUGACCUCUGUGUGUGUUGCUGCUGAUCAUGCCCAGCAAUGGCGUUUCCUUUCUAAGGUGGUUUGACUCAGUGGAAAGCGACUUUUUCCCUAGUCUGGUGUUAUGAACAAAAGUUCUGAGUUGUGCUUCAAAUGUGGUACCAUCUUUUUAGUGUAAUUUUCAUGUUUUUAAUUUUUAAAAAAACUUUUUAGAAGUUUUUUAAAGGCCCUGCCUAGUCAGUGUACGGGGUGAGUCAGAGGUAGUUUUCAGAGAAACAAACAAUUUCACCAAGCAGUAGUAAUUGCCGUUUUAGUAGUUACACAUUUAGAAUACAAAGGAGGCAUCAGCAAACACAAACUUUCUCUAAAGCCUUGUACACAGUCUGCGCAGGGGGAGGGCACAGGCAUCUCCCUGUAAAGGCACCUGCCAAUGAUGAAUUUACUGGAAGAACCUAGGCAAGAAAGGGAAGCCUCUCUCUGAAACACAGUGUUUGAGGGGUGAGCCUGGGCUUUGCUCUUCCUACAGGGUAUGCUUAGGCCACGCACAACGCUUGCCUUACUUUAAAGCUAUUUGCCACAGUCCUGUUAAAUAUUGUGGAAGUCCUUUUGCAGUCCAGUGUGCAUGCCAUAUGAUCAGGACAGCUUUUCCACCUUACCUGGUUUCCUACAAGCAGGUAGGAAAUAUAGUGAAUUUACCCUAAAAUGUUCAAUCUGUAUUUAUGUACCUUGUCAGUGUUUUGCUGUUGGUUUUCUAAAACAAUCAGAUCAAUAAAUCUUAUCCAAAUCUAUUUGGUUCAAGGCCA